UUCAUCACGCUCGACCUUCAAUGUCGGUGCUCUAUGAGUUAGCGCAUUGAAUGUUGAAUAAAUUUACUCAUUUCACCAGCGUGCUCACAGUUCAGUGAUUCGCAGUGUGCGUUCGACGCUUAAAACACGAAUUAGCCAUACUCCAAAAUUAAGCUUCGUUAUUUAAACACGGUUGGUUUCAUUGUUAUUAGUAGUGUUGAUUCCACGGACAUUCGUGACAGCAAGUAUAAGGAAGAAAAAUAAAACGGAAAUAGUGCGACAAUAAUAUCGGGCUUAAAAUCGCUCAGGCUUGCGAAAAAUGCGCUUCAGAUCGAUAAUAUUCAUCGUUUUGUUCUCUUGCUGCAUCCAAGGGGAAGCAGGAUGGCAGAAAAAAACCAAAGAAAGAUCACCGGUGAUACUGAUUCCGGGAGAUGGCGGAAGCCAGGUCGAAGCAAAGCUCAACAAGUCAAGCACAAUUCAUUAUGCUUGUGAGAAAACAUCGAACGAUUAUUUCAAUAUUUGGCUCAAUUUAGAACUCCUGGUGCCAUAUGCGAUAGGAUGCUGGAUCGACAACAUGGUCCUGAACUAUGAUAAUGUUACAAGAACCACAUAUAAUCAGCCAGGAGUUGAUAUUCGAAUACCUGGCUGGGGCGAUCCAUUUGUCGUCGAAUAUCUGGAUCCCAGCAAAGCAUUUCCUGGCUCGUAUUUCAGGGACAUUGGAAAUAUGCUGGUCGACAAUAUGGGGUAUAUUAGAAACGUUUCAUUACGCGGAGCACCCUACGAUUUUAGAAAAGCACCCAACGAGAAUCAAGACUUUUUUGUUAAACUAAAAACUCUCGUGGAAGAAACUUAUAUAAUGAACAAUAAUCAGCCUGUAACGCUACUCGCUCAUAGCAUGGGUUGUCCAAUGACCUUACUAUUCCUACAGCAACAGAGUCAGAAGUGGAAAAACAAGUACAUCGAAUCUAUGAUUACUUUGGCAGGCGUAUGGGGUGGAUCGGUCAAAGCUGUCAAAGUUUUUGCAAUCGGUGACAAUUUGGGUACCUAUUUUCUGCGUGAAAGCGUACUGAGAGAAGAACAAAUCACAAACCCUAGUCUAGGAUGGUUACUACCUUCAAAAUUGUUCUGGAAAGAGACGGAGGUUUUGGUUCAAACAGCUACUAAAAAUUACACUCUUGCCGAUUUACAGCAAUAUCUAAUAGACAUAAAUGUACCAAAUGGCUGGGAGUUUCGUAAAGAUACCGAAAAGUAUCAGCUCCAGUUCACAGCACCUGGAGUAACGGUUCAUUGCUUGCAUGGAUCAAAAGUGGGAACAGUCGAAAAACUAUCGUACGGAGAUCUAAGUGAUUACCCUAAGCUUGUUUUGGGAGAUGGCGAUGGGACAGUAAAUUCACGCAGCCUGGAGGGCUGUUUACAUUGGCAGGAUAAGCAAAAGCAAAAAAUAUAUCACAAGGAGUUCCCAAAAGUUGACCACAUGCAAAUACUAAAAAAUGUUGAUAUAUUGAACUAUAUAUCGAAUGUUCUCAAAGUUUGAUAUUUUGCUCGUUAAUAUUAAAUCCUAAAAAAAUGCUAAAAUUUAUAAGUAUGAGUUUAUUUAAAUAAUUUGUGAUAAGUUACUGAUUUUUACAAAAUAAGUUUACGUUCUCAAGGAUUAUUAUUUAACUACAAUACUUUAAUUUCUAUUGUUUUUAUUUCGAGACAAUUUUAAGAAUAUUUCGAGAAAUUCUCUUGUUAAAUACUGAUAAUUAAGUUAUAGCAUACUGCUUCUGUGUAGACGGUCAAAGUGCUUGUUGAUAUGCUCGAUUUACUCAAAAGAAUCACCACGUGAACAUAACAACAGCAUGUAAAAUUUGCUCUGUGCGUUCCUACAUGUAAAUAUAAAUAUUAGAUUUUCCACAGUUUGUUCGAAGUUAUAACAAUAUCUGUCCUCCAAUUUAGUGUAACCGUAACUACAUCAAUAUGCGUUUUAAACAAUUUUCCACUUCCAAGUUACCAAUUAUAUUAGCAUGGAUUUCAUUGUGAUAAAAUCUAUCUACCCUAGACCAAGAUUUGUAUAGUUUUAUUUUGUUUGUACAGAACCGUGUCAUACUAGAUACCCUUAUUCAUGGGUUGGGAAAUUGUGAAUGUUAAAAUAAGAUUUAAUUUUAAAUUCGAAAUAGAUGCUCUCUAAAUCGUAUUUAUUUAUUACAUAUGUGUAUAUAAAAAUUACUUUACUGUGAUUGCACGUAAUUAUACACAGUUUGUGAUAUUAUGGUUGUAUAAAAAAAGAUAUUUAGA